GUUACUUUCGGGUAAUAAUCUUAUUUUCGCAUUUUAGGCAAAGUCCGGACGCAAAGAUGGCGACAGCCGCAUGAUUUAAGAAAAAAAACAACAAUAUUUGUAGCAGACAACUAUAGAGUUAAGAAAGAAAAAUGUCUGAAGAAGCCAGUGCUCCAUCUGCAUGCACAGACUCACAGAUGACAACCACAGAUGGCAGUUCUGAAAUGUCAGUUGUCCAAAAUUUUGGUACAAAGCUUGAUGGGAGUCUGGUUGACCUUGUUGGAAAUGAUGAUGAAGCUGUAGUAGAUAGAAUGUCAAUGCCUGAUGGGACAUCACUACCAGAUGCUACACCACUCCCAGAAACAACUUCAGUACAUGAUGAUCCUGUAGUAAUGGAGGAGCACUCGGCUCUCACAGGGUUUGAGAUGGAUGUUGAGGGCACUGAUAUUGUAGGGGAGAUAAUCGAGGAACAAGUUAUAGACAACCAGUCAGUGGAAGACCCACUUACACCAGUUACUGAUAAUUUUGAUGUACCUAAAAGUUUGCCAGAAUCAGGUGGAUUUACACCAGUUAGCCACAGUGACCAGUCAUUGACUUUCUCAAGUUCAGAGAAAGGAACACCAAGUAACAAACUGAAGGUAGCAGACCUGUCAGUGCGUCAGGUAGACUAUGACAGCAUGUCAUCAUCAUCUGGCUCCGUGAAAAAUCUACUGUUCCCACAGAGGCCUGGUAUCAGCUGGAGGAAAGGUGAAAGGUUGGAGGCCAUGGAUUAUCUCAGUUCCUGGUUUCCUGCCAAGAUCCGAGCCAUUAAUGAAGAAGACAUGCAGGUGUUGAUACAUUUUGAUGGUUGGAAUCAGAGAUAUGAUGAGUGGAUUGACAUGACCUCAGAUCAUAUCAGACCUCUUGUAAGACAUUCAGAACGAAAAGAAAGGAAUAAACGCUCAAAAUCUACAUCUGGUGAUCGCCGAAAUUCAUCAACAAGUCAGGCGAAUAAGAAGCUAUCAAAAGAACACAAGAUAGGAGAUGCAGUAUAUGCCAAGUGGACAGAUUGUAAGAUGUAUCCUGCCAAGAUAACAAACAUCAUGCCUACUGGAUCGUAUGAGGUGAUAUUUUAUGAUGGUUUCAAGAAACUUGUACAACCUAUAAAUAUAAGAUCUAUGCCAAAUGAAUAUAAACAAAAGUUUUUUGAAAAUGGAAAAGAAACCUCAGCAGAAAGAGAGAAGAGACAGUCAAGAACAAAAAAGAGGAGACUGGUAAUUCCAGGCUUGUUCAGUGAUUCAGCAGUUCCUGGAAGUGGAGAAAAUGUUUCUGCAGAAAUACAGAUCAAGACAGAACCUGUCUCUACACAAACUGAAUUUACUGAUAGUAACAAGGUGGAGACUUCAGAUAUAAAGCAGGAGUCUGGAAACAGCACAGGUGAAUUACUCACUCAAGCUCAGAGUCAAACACAUGUUCCACUGUAUGGACCCCUUCCGCCAAAGGCAUUUGUAGUAGAAUCUGAUCAUAAUCAGUUCAAGUGUCAGUAUGAGGGAUGUAACAAAGGAUUUAGAAAGGAACACUUACUGGACUACCAUGUGAAAUACUACCACAUAAAUGGUGGUGGUCCCCCACCCCCUCCAGCCAAGAGACGAAGGAAGACAACUAGCACCUGUUCCACAGAAUCAGAGAAUGUUCCUGGAUCUAAAAAAUCUGCUGGGAAGAAAAAUCGUAACAUGUCUGCAGAGAGCGCCAUCUGCCUCCAGGAUGUGAAACAAGAAUACGUGGACACUCCUCCUGGUGAAGAGACUGGUGAAAUAUCCACCCAGACUUCUCCCAGUAAACUCACAGAAUCCUUCGCCCCUGAUGACGUCAUGUUUGGUAUAAAACAGGACAGUAUGGAAGAGUCGAGUGUGACCGAUGCUGAGGACUAUCUCAAACCAGAUGAGCUUGUAAACUGUAUUUGUGACUUUCAGGAAGAGAAUGGUCUUAUGAUACAGUGUGAGGUGUGUAUGUGCUGGCAACAUGCAGCAUGUUUUGGCAUCACAGAGAGGACACUACCUAAAACAUAUAUCUGUUUUGUCUGUGAAAAUCCACCAGGUGUUCGAGAGAGCAGCAGGUAUAUACAUGAACAAGACUGGUUGAAGACUGGAGAAAUAGCAUCAUUUAGUUUCUUGCCAUUGCCGCAGAUGUCUGAUGAGAGAUGCAAUACAGUGAAAUCUACACAUACCCUAGUGGUAGAGAUACAGCAGCUAAACACUGUACUACACAGUCUCAAACUACAGCUUCAGAUUCUCAGAGCAAAAGAUGAGUCCAAAUUGAAGCAAUGGCGAGUUGAUUGGGAUGUGAUGGAAAAUGAGACCAUGGAAAGCUUUGGACAUAUAGAAGAUAUUUCAUGUAAGAAUGGCCUGAAUAAGAGUGAGGAAAAGGUUAAUGAAGCAAAACUAAUACUGAGCAGAGAAAUCAAAAUAGAGCAAGAAGAAAAAAGGGAAACAGAAAUGAAAGCAGAAAUAAGUAGUGAUGAAAAACCACUAGUUGAGGCUAUAAAAGCAGAAAGGGAUGUAAAAGGUGUUAAAUAUGAGACUGAAGAAGAGAAACCUCAUCUUGGUAUAAAUGCUACAGAAAUGUUGAAGGAGCCACCAAGUAUUGAAACAAAAAAAGAGGAAGUAAGGGAUACAACUGAUGGCUCAGUAAAGAGAGAGAACCAAGAACAUACUGUUAAAAUGGAAAAUGAAACAGAAGUAAAACAGGAACCUACAGUAAAGCUACAAACACCAGAGCAUGAGGAAGGGAAUAAUUCUGACAGCACAGAGAGUGUGACUGAAGACCCAAUAGAAGUAUGUGAGAAAAAUCUGCUCAGUCACAUACUGCGUAUUCAAGGGGAGAUCAGUGACAGAUUCGACAAAAUAGAGGAACAGGUUGAAAUGCUAGAAGCCAUGGAGGCCAUGCAGAGCAGGAGAGGACCGCCUACUAUACACAAUGUGUUCACUGACAUGCCUCAUCUCAAACGAUCUUUGAGGAAUAUGGAAAAUGAUUUGUGUAGAGUAAAGAAAAUGUCUGUGUUUCAUUAAUGUCUACUGUACACAAAAAUCAACAUGUAGAACAUUGGAAACUGUGUAUGUCUUGAAUUUUGAUCUCUCAAAAAGUGAGAGAGAAAAUUAAACAGUACAAUAAUUUUGACAUUUUCGUGUGUAGUGGUAAUCGGUAUUAAAAUGUUGUUAAUGACUUUGAAACAUUUGGCUGCCCAUAUCUCAAGACGCAGUGCAAAUAUAUAUUCUUGACAAAUAUUGAACCAACUGUAAUGACAUGCACCUGUAUAUUUUGUACAAAUGAAUUUAAAAUAUGUUUUGUGGAGUAAUCUCAACAUGUUAUUAUAUGCUGCAAAUAAAGUUUGAAGGUGGGUAAAUAGGUGUA